AUGGCUAGGGCGGUGGCGAUGUGCGCGGUGGUGACGGUGGUGGUGGCGGUGAUGAUGGUGACGCUAUCGCCGGCGGCGGCGGCGAGGACGAUGGCGUCCGCGGCGGACCAGGAGUGCGACGUGGGGAAGCUGAUCGACUGCGGGCCGGCGAUCAUCGGCGGGACGCCGCCGUCGGACUCGUGCUGCUCGAACCUCAAGGCGCAGAAAGGGUGCUUCUGCCAGUACGCGAAGGACCCGAACUACUCCGACUACAUCAACAGCCCCAACGCCCGCAAGACUCUUGACUCCUGCGGCAUCACCCUCCCCACCUGUCCGCAGUAG